AUGGCGACGAGAGACCCAUUGGAUUUUGAUGUCGGAGUAGAAGUAGACGAGGAGGGAACGCCGUCACCGUCUUCGAUAUCGCCGCCUUCAUCUCCGCUGUCCUACCUAGACAGAGAUCGGCACGUUGCGUUCUUUGAAAUGUUGUACGAUUUGAUGCCUUAUCAUUACCAAUCGCAGGAGAUCAAUCGCCUCACUCUUGCGUUUUUCACUAUCUCUGGCCUUCACCUUCUCCAAGCCUUAGAUCGCGUUGAUAAGGACAGGGUUGCCAAUUGGGUUUUAUCAUUUCAAGCACUUCCAAGAAGUCGAGCCGAACUGAAAAAUGGACAAUUUUACGGGUUUCAUGGUUCUAGGACUUCACAGUUCCAUCCGGAUGAAAAUGGGGUUUCAGUUCAUAAUGCUGGUCAUUUGGCAAGCACUUACUGUGCACUAGCCAUACUAAAGACGGUUGGCUUUAAUCUCUUGACCAUAGACAAAGAAUCAAUAUUGAUAUCAAUGAGGAAUCUUCAACAGCCAGAUGGAAGUUUUAUGCCGGUGCACGUUGGUGCAGAGACGGAUCUUCGAUUUGUAUAUUGUGCUGCUGCUAUCUGUUUUAUGCUGGAGGAUUGGAGUGGCAUGGAUAGGGAGAAAGCCAAGGACUACAUCUUAAAUUGCCAGUCUUAUGACGGUGGCUUUGGCUUGAUGCCUGGUUUAGAAUCACACGGGGGUGGUACAUAUUGUGCUGUGGCAUCUCUUCGGUUAAUGGGGUACAUUGAAGAUGAUCUUCUGUCAAAAAAUGCAACAUCUUUCAUUGUAAAUGUGCCAUUGUUGCUGGACUGGUGUAUGCAGAGGCAAGCAAUUGAUGGUGGAUUUCAAGGAAGAGCCAAUAAAUAUAGUGAUACAUGCUAUGCAUUUUGGGUUGGGGCAGUUUUGAAGAUCUUAGGGGGCUACAAAUUAAUAGACAAGAUUGCUUUACGCAGAUUUUUGCUGUCUUGCCAAUCUGAGUUCGGAGGUUUCAGCAAAUAUCCCAGGGAACUGCCUGAUUUAUAUCACUCCUACUAUGGGUUUACUGCAUUUAGUCUUUUGGAAGAGCCUGGCUUGAAUCCACUCUGUGCUGAACUUGGAAUGAUAGAUCUUGCUGCCUUAGGUAUACUUUGACACCAUUUUUAUUUAUUACCUUCGUUUGUUUGCAAUUCCUGUACUUUGAACUCCAUCGCACCUUUGAUAGUGCAUCGCAUUCACUUAUUGGACUUGUAGUUUGUGCU